CUCCGACUGAAAUUGCUGGAGGAAUGGCAUCCCUGGCACCUUGUGAAAUCACCUCGUAAUCCGACGAGUCGCGUGGCUCUCGGGCCCCUGUUAAUAAUAUUUUUAUUUUCAUUUCCAUUUUCAUUUUCAUUUUGCCCGGUCUUAUUAUUCUUACGUCCGUGUCCGUAGUGCCAUCUUCCCCCCCGUCAGCCCGGCCAAAGAGAUAAAAUGUCUCAAGUCUCACCUCCCCAGUGACAGACGUUUCCUUUACUCUUUUCCAUCUCAUUAAGUCCAUGUCCUCAACUGUCGGACUUGACAACCCUUUGCAACAGCCUUACUCUGGCCAUGGUCCACCGCGCCGCCGCAGCCCUGGCCGUCGCCUCGUGGGCGGUCGUCGGCGCCUACUCCCUCGGCAGCUUGAUCCAGUCCUUGCCCGCACAGGAUCCUGAGCAGGACCUCUUGCUCCCGGGAACAGACCAUGCUGUCCGGGCAGUGUUCACGGGCGUAUUCGCGAUCGACGAAUUUUUGAGGGGGGUGAUCCAACAUUUCUACCCGAUCGUGGCUGGGCCAUGGCCCGGCCUGUCCCUCUUCGCGGCCAACUUUGCCGGCCAGAUCGUCCCCAUGGUCAGUAUUGUGGUGCUGGAGGGGCUGAGAGUCGGAAACCGCAAUUCCAUAUUGUCCUUCCCUGCCAUUUGGGGAAUUAUUUACCAAGCGCUGUCCGGAGCCGUCAUCCUUCCCAUUUUCCUCGCUCUGAGCCUCUUGAGGUCCCCCCGAGGUGAAAAGGCAGACGACAAGUCCAAAGCGGCGAGUUUCCUCCCCAUGGACCCGGUCGCAGUUUCCACAGUCCCAGCAGCACUCGCUAUAGGCUUCAUCCUGCCCACGCUGCUCAUGGCCCUGCCCUCGCCGAACAUCAUCACUCUCGACCAGCAGCAAAUCUUCAUCGCACUGUGGCAAGCCUUCCCGUUGCUUACCUCGGCCGCCCACGCCGUCCUCACAGCGCUCGCCCGCGCUCCGGGCGGCGGGGCAGCGGCCGACAGCAGCCCCAUGGCGGCGGCCCGGUCAGCGUAUAAGCGCAUCCUCGCCAUCACGGGCGUCACGCAUCUCGGCUCCCUCGCCAUCGCGCUGUGUCCAGGUAUCCCGGCGGCGCUGUUCGGCGUGGACAUGGGCCGGCCGACGCUGAGGGAGAUGUUUGUCCCCGUGUCGGUUUUCUCGCCCUUUACCGUGUCUGGUCUGGUCGAAGCGAGCCAUGCGAUCUUCCAGUACGAUUACAUCGUUAUAUCUUCUGCUGCGCUUCUCUGGGUCACGUUCCUGUCCCGGAAUGUCACGUCGACUGUUGUCAAGUUGCUGGCGAGAACGGUCCUUGUAGGGCCUUUGGGAGCUACACUGUGGGCUGUGUGGGAUAGAGACGAGGAGGCCAUGGCGGAGGCGGAGGCGGAGGCCGUGGGACGGAAGACCCAGUGAUGGUAGGAAAGUAUACCAGGCGAGUGAGGGAGGGGAACGGUGGACGAUCGUGUUAGUAGCUGGUAAUAUAGAGAAGCUACGGAAUAGCUCCAGCUGCGAAACUACCGAGUAAGGUAGAAAGACAGUGACGUGUUGUAUUUUCCGAGACACGGUGGGACUCGUUCAGUGGCUACGGUAUGCCCGGGAUCGAGACUUGCC